AUGCCAGUGGAGUUGUCAGAAACGAGGAGAGGAAAUAUGUAUUACUGGGCAUUCUUGAGAGGACCCAAGGCGGAGAUAGGAGAACACGUCCCCGGAACGCGGUAUCAUGUGAGGAACUCCCCACAGGUAGGAGGAGAGGGUGGUAGAUGGGAGGUUGGUGAUGUUCGCAACACGAAUACGCUACCGGUACUCGCACGAGUCCUCAUCGCCAAAUUCGAGGACGACCAGCGCCUGUUCAACCUCCUGUACAAUGUCCCGGUCAACAAUUUGGACCCUGAAUGA